CCAAUAUUGAGAGAGAGAGAGAGAGGAGAUGAAGAUACAGUGCGACGUUUGCGAGAAGGAGGAGGCCACCCUCUUCUGCUCAGCGGACGAGGCCGUGCUGUGCGACGGCUGUGACCGGCGGGUCCACUGGACGAACAAGCUCGCAAGCAAGCACAACCGCUACUCCCUCCUUCACCCCACAUUCAAGGACUCCCCUCUCUGCGACAUCUGCCAGGAGAGGAGGGCUCUGCUGUUCUGCCAAGAGGACAGAGCAAUCCUAUGCAGAGAGUGCGAUAUCCCAAUCCACCGAGCCAACGAGCACACCCAGAAGCAUAGCCGCUUCCUCCUCGCUGGCGUCAAGCUCUCCCCGUCCACCUCCCCUGCCGCCCACUACCCUCAGCCGCUGCUGCCCUCCUCCUCCGCCACUACCAGUACCGGCCUCUGCAGGCAGGAAAGCUCCUCGCCCCAGGGGAGCGGCUUCGUUAACCCGACAUUCGAGGUGGGCUCCAGCGGUGGCACCGGGGCAGGCCGGGAGGAGGAGAACCAAAUGAUGGUGAGCGACGGAGGGUCCAUGUCGACGAGCAGCAUAUCAGAGUACUUGAUGGAGACGCUCCCUGGGUGGCGCGUGGACGAGUUCCUUGACUGCAGCCACCACCUCAGCCAUCAUCACGCUCAUCAUCAUCAUAAUAAUAACAACAACAGUUCGUCCUCCAAUGGUUAUUGUAAGACUUUUGAUCGCAAGUUGCCUAUGCCGGACUAUGACUUUGGAAGUGACACGAGCUCGAGUUCCCCCGCCCCGAGAGACAUCCCGAUACCAGUGCCUCAGUUUUUUGCCCAGCCUCAUCACAAAUGCCCACCUCAGGACCAGACCUCUUUCUUUGACGGUGUUCGAGAGCCGGAGAACGCAAGGAGUACGAGAUCCUCGAGGAAACGCCGCAAUGGUUUUUUUAAUGAGGCUCUAUUUUCUCAAGGAGUCCACACGUUUGUGCUUUAGUUUGUCCUUUCUUUCUUCUCGAUGGACUUUUCCAACGUCCGAUGUUGUCCGGUAGAUACGUUUUUUGAUGUGUCUUUGCUUUCAAUUGUUUGGUUCUCAUUUACCGAUCUGAGAAAGCUUCUUCCAGGGAAAAAAAAAAAAAGGUACUUGGAAGAUUAUGGAAUUUCUCCUUGGAAAUUAACAAAGCUCCAUUUUGUUCCCCGGUGACCUCGUAGUGACAUUACGUUGUCGUGGAUGAAAACGUAACUGUAUUAAAUCAACCUCAUGUACUAUGUGGAAGAAUUUAAGUGAAA